AUGAACUGCGCCCCGAAGACUCGCGGAAACUUCGAGAUCUAUACGGAGUCGCCUGUUGAUGAAAAUUCUAAAGACACGAACAUCAUCCAUCAGCUAGACCGCCAGCUCAAAGAAAAAUUCCGCACCGUUGACUGUGUCGUCAAGGGAAUCAAUGACAAGCCCGACAUGCCCACUGACUUCUCACAUCUGCACGCCCUCAACAAGAAGCCACAGCCUCUUUCGGUCCACGUACCUAAUAUCAAGACCCUUCCUUCAAGCUCUACCCUGGGUUGUUCGACUGUAUAUGAGGACGCGAUUUCCUCGACGAGUCAAGAAUAUAUUGACGCUUUGGCCGACUUUGCCGAACCCGUAAAGGUUUCUGUUGCCGAGGAACCUUCUGAAGAUUUCGUGGAACAAGCCGAUCUCGAUGACUUUAUGCUAACGUACAUGUUGGAACGGCAGAAGAUCCUGCGUCUACCCAACUAUCUCUAUCAAACGGAGGUCACCGAACACGCCAGAACGGUGGUCGUCGAAUGGCUGAGCAGCGUGUGUCUGGAAUAUGGAAUGCACAUUCAAACUUUCUGUCUCGGCGUCGCGAUCAUCGACAAGUUCCUCUCCGUCACAUUUGUGGAAAAGCAGAAGCUGCAAUUGGUGGCAUCAUCAGCGAUUUGGAUUGCGAGUAAGUUGGAGGAGAUCUACCCGCUGGAAAUGCACCAGUUGGUCUUCUCCAUGGACAACGCUUUCAACGAAGAACGGGUCCGGUACACCGAGCGCUUGAUCCUCGAGAAGUUGGACUUUAAUCUGGGAUUCGCCACUUCGUACUGGUUUGCGUCGAGAUUCUCACACCAGCUGAAGGUAUCUUCGCUUGUCAGGCAUAUGGUGCGAUAUUUGACGGAGCUGGCGUUGGUUGAGUACUUCCUCACCCAAUUCCGACCCUCCACCCUCGGUGCUGCAAUCGUACACACAUCGCUAUUCAUUGUUGAUGGUGCGAGCCUCCAUUCCGAAUCGUUGUCCAAAUUGAUCGACGUGGACCAGGGUGAACUCGAGACACUCUCGAAAGAGCUGGUCAUUCUCUUCAAGGAUGCCCCCAAACGCUUUCCGUGGUCCAUCUACGAGGCGUUCAGCGAUCCUGUCCACGGCUGCGUCGCCACGAUUGCUUGUCCUGCUGUUCCUUUG